AUGCUCAACGGGCACACUGAUGCGAUCAUCACUCUCGCAUUCUCCCCCGAUGGGAAGAUUGUCGUGUCUGGCUCCUGCGAUUAUACUGUUCGUGUCUGGAAUGUUGGUGAUAGCACCAAUGUAGAGAGCGUAGUUCUUCAAGAUCAUGCUGCAGCAGUUGGUUCAGUCGCCUUCUCUCCGAAUGGGAAGUUCAUGGCCUCUGGCUCCUCCGACAAUGCCAUUCGCAUUUGUGAUCUCUCUCAUCGCGAGCUUUCCACGCCUCCUCAUAGCUUGGAGGGCCAUACCGGAGCUAUCAUCUGCCUCGCAUUCUCUACCGACAAUCAUAAGCUCGUCUCUGGUUCUUACGACUGCACCGUGCGAAUAUGGGACCUGCAAAGUAGUGAUACCCACGUUCGAGUCCUGUAUGGCCACACCGGCUGGAUCACAUCGCUUGCUUUCUCCCCGGACGGAGAGCACAUCAUCUCUGGGUCGACUGAUUCGACGUGUCACUUGUGGGAUUCUCAAACAGAGUGCCUCUAUGGCCACACGUCUUGGGUAGGCGCUGUCGCAUUCUCGCCCGAUAGCAAACAACUCGUCUCAUGCUCUGGCGAUAGCACGAUCCGUGUCUGGGACGUACAGACCGGAACAGAGGCUCUUCGCCCACUCGAAGGCCAUACAGACCCCGUUCAAUCCGUUCAAUUCUCCCCGGACGGUUCGCUCAUUGCCUCCGGUUCUUUCGACAGAAUGGUUCGGAUUUGGGAUGCGGUGACUGGAAACCAGAAAGGCGAACCACUGCCAGGCCAUACCAGCGGGGUCAGAUCUGUCGGAUUCUCGCCGGAUGGGAAACACCUCGUUUCAGGUUCUAAUGAUCGCACUGUCCGUGUAUGGAACGUCGAAACGAGGUCCGAGGCUCACAAGCCACUCGAAGGGCAUAUAGAUUUUGUUCAGUCCGUACAGUACUCGCCAGAUGGGCGAUACAUCGUCUCUGGCUCCUAUGAUGGGACAGUACGUCUUUGGGAUGCAAAUACGGGGAAGGCAGUAGGGGAGCCAUUCAGUGGUCAUGCCAGUCCUGUCACUUCCGUCGCAUUCUCACCCGAUGGCACACGCAUCGUCUCCGGCUCCUUCGAUAAAACCAUCCGCAUCUGGGAUACGAAGACGGGGAAGGCGGUGGGAGAGCCCUUGAGAGGUCAUACCAACUCGGUCGAGUCAGUCGCAUACUCUCCUGAUGGAAAGCGGAUCGUUUCUGGCUCUUGGGAUAAGACCGUCCGUGUCUGGGACGCGGAGACGGGGAAGGAGGUUUUCGAGCCUCUGGGAGGCCAUACCGGCGGCGUGUGGUCUGUCGCAUGGUCGCCAGAUGGUCAGCUCAUUGCAUCGGCUUCGUAUGACAACACGAUUCGGAUUUGGAAUGCGAAUACGGGGGAUCCGAUCAGGCUUUAG